UUAACACAGAGGGGAGAAGUCGGUUUCGCACACGGACGGGAUAUGAAGUCAGUACAUCAGGGAGUAAUCAUCAUCGCCCUCAUGCUGAUCGGUCAUCAAGGGAGGGCCUUGGUACCAUUCGGAGAAAGAGGUCGAUAUGCUGACCUUACACCAGGCAGCGCAGAGGACGAGUACCAGGAGCGGCAGAUACAGCAGUGGCAGAUAGCAGUCAAUGUGCCGCCUCACGUGGCCCAGGGGGCGCCAGGAAACGCGCCUCCGCCGGGCACCGUGUGGAUCCAAGUGCCCACCGGAGGCGGAUACCCACAACAACCGGCUGGCGGAUACCCUCAACAACCCGCUGGUGGAUACCCGCAAAAACCGGCAGGCGGAUACCCUCAACAACCGGCUGGCGGAUACCCGCAACAACCCGCUGGUGGAUACCCAGAACAAACGCCUGGCGGAUACCCGCAACAACCCGCUGGUGGAUAUCCCCAAACAGUUGGGGGCCUUCCUCAACAACCGGCUGGCGGAUACCCCCAACAACCAGCUGGCGGAUACCCAGAAACGACUGGCGGAUACCCGCAACAACCGGCUGGCGGAUACCCGCAACAACCGGCUGGCGGAUACCCGCAAAUAGAGUCCACACCCGCUCCAUUCCCUUCGCCAAUUCCUGAGCCGCCCAACGGACUCAACCCAGGGCAAGAGACGGGCUCCAGCGAACAGGCGGCACUGCUUGAACUGCGAAAGUUCUGCCUGUCCCCACGCGGCCAGUUCCCCACCGACAAGUCUUGUAGCAAGUUCGUCAACUGCUGGGACGACGUUGCAGUGGAAAGCGACUGCCCAGGGGGCCUGGUCUUCAAUCCGGCGGCGGGCUUCUGUGACUACUCGUACAACGUGGAUUGCGGGAACCGGCCGGCGGAGAAACCUGCGCCAUUGGCCGACAAAGGCGCGUGCCCUUCGCCCUUUGGUACCUACAGGAGCGCAGCCAGCUGCAGUGUCUUCAUUGUGUGUGUCUCUGGGACGCCCGUCAAAUUCGACUGUCCCCAGGGCCUAAACUACAAUGACGAAAUCGGAGUGUGUGACUACCCUUACAACGUCGACUGUCGCGGAACGCCGGCUGAGAACCAGGUGACCACGGUGGCCCCCAGCUCGAUACCAAACGACAGCAGAUAUGAGCCCUGGCUUAAGAGGAUUCCAGCAAGAUUCAUAACCAGCCAGAAGCGAUAUAAGCGGCUGGCGCAGAGAAGUUAACUAACUCUACGCGAAGCCGGAUGAAGGCCAUAACGAUACUAACACCAUCUGUCGUGGCUACACGCAGCUCUGCAUCCUACAGGACUUGGACGUUUCGGUAGUGAAUCUGAACGCCGCAUCGGUGGGAAGAAACGACACAGACGUACGCGAAGACUGCAUUUCAUAUUGUUGCAGUGGCUAACCAGUUCAAGCACAACACACGUGUUACAAAGAUGGCGGCACCUCUACAAAUUUAUAUAGCGAACUAUAUAUAUAUAUACAUACAUACAGGGUGUCCAGAUGAAAGGUAUCCAAAAUAAAAUAAUUAUAUCUCAGAAAGCAUUUGUUAUACAUAUUUAUGGGUUACACCAAUACAAAGGAAAAGUAUCAGAGUUUUUCCAGGAUAUGUAAAUUUCUCAAUAAAUUUCAGUGUGGGCUCCCUUGAUAUUUUGAAAUAUCCAGACGAUAUUCGACCUCGUUCCCCGUUGCUUGAAGCAUGUUUGGUGUUACCGUAGCCACAGCGACCCCUAGGCGGGCUUUAAGGUGAUGGAGUAGCGCGAACUGGUUUGUGCGGGCUUCACCGCAAUGCCUCUCUAAUGCGAUUGACAUUUUCUUCAGAGGUCUGUGUCUUUCUAGUAGAUUUUACACGAAACAGACUACCUGUAUUCCUCAGUGUGUUACCCCAGAAACGAAUGCUUUUCCGUGUGGGAGGAUGGCGUCCAUUUUGCGUUCUGACACGAGACUGCAACUCUGCUAGAAACAACACUCUUUGAAACUGUUCCUGCAGUGUCGGCAUCGUGACUGAACUCGCCGCAGGUCACCAGCUGCGCAUGCGCGUAAGCUGGGUAUGAAAGAAGAAAACUUCCAGAGUUUUCCUUUCCGAUGACAUAAACCGGAUAUGUUUAUGGCAAUUAGAUUUUGAGAUAUAAGUUUUUUUCUUUAUUUUGGAUACCUUUCAUCCGGUGUCACAACAUGCAUGACCACAAUGCAUGUGAUUUGCUAUGUUGUGGGAGUUUCGCGAACUGGAAGAAGCAGAAUGUGACACCAAAACAGUGUAAACAGCAACAGUUUCCCAUAAUUCAGAAUUACACAUGUUCCAAGAUCCAGCAGACCUUGUCACGAAUCCGAUUUCGAGGGACAAUUUUCGGUUAAAAAAAUCUGUGUUCAGUAGCAAUCCGUAUUAACCCUUGAAAGUGCAGUGGCUACAAUAUAUACAACCUGUUUCUCUAACGUUAAACAGCAACUUUCCAUCAGAGUAUGUUUAUCACAUGGUCGAUUUCUUGUCCAACAUAAAUGGCGACUGUUCUCGUGAAAGUCAUUUAUCGAUUGUUAUUUUGCUCACUGACUUACAGUAAAACUGAGAAUAGUUAUUUUGAAAUUUAUUAAAACUAAAUUUAUUUAGGAGAGAUAUUCUGAGUAAACAAAAUAAAAAACGAAUUAACUCGGCGUUGUGUCAAUGUCCUGUUGGUUUCCUUCACUCUUGUGAUGACAUUUCGACGUGCAUGUCCAGUUCUGUUCUGACAGUUCAGUGUAACCCCACGUCCACGCUGCGGGAAUUCCGCCGCCCCCACCGACAGAACAUCCCCCUUACAGCUCCCUCACACUACAAAGGGCCGCAUUUGCUCUGUAGUCGCGCUGCGCCCACAGGCCCCAUUAUAUUAAACAGAAAAAAGCUACUUAAGUGAGAGACGUGGGAACUACGACAAAGAUAUUCUUUCAAAACAUGGCUGAUUCACUUAAAGAGAUACAAAAAGAGGGAUGAACGUCAUAAAAACACAAAAUGUGCUUCUUUUUCGCAAACUGUGUCGGAAUUUCCAAACUACCGCGAUGAAAACACACAUCGUUCCUACUGACGACGUUUCGAGAGAGACACAUGCAAACAUAAAGAGCCACGUUACGUUUUGGAGUGUUCUUUAAUUGGAUCACCCUGUAUAAAUUUAUGUUUGAAAGAUUAUAAUCCCCAUGUCUAGUAGGAUGCAUCGCUAUGGGAUACGGUGAUAUUCGGGAAAAUAUAUUAAACCCUACAUGCCCCAUAACAUAUGUAAUCACAGAUUUAUUUCAUAACUUACAAUUCGAGUAGGUAUAAUAAUGUUGGAAUAUAUGUACUAUUUAAUAUUAAAUAUUUCCUUAGAGCUGAAUUCAUUCCGUUUCAAAGGUUUGCCUGAUUUCUUACCGAUUUCUUACACUGCAAACAAAUGUACUUAAAUCAGAACGCACUGCUUUAGAAAAACUGUAAUAUAACACAUCUUACCGCCGAAAAAUGUUGCCUUCACGUCGAUUCUACCUUGCAAAGGAUACGGGCAGCGCUGUCGGCGUCUCGGAGUUAUAUGCUGCCUCUAUCUUCAUGAGAUAAGAACCUGUUCCUCCGCAACGUCGCGAACACUAUUCGAGAGAAGAUAGAAAGCUAAAAAAUUGCAAUAUUUAUCUUUCAUGAACCUCUCUCGUUUCUUUCAAAUGUAAAUGGAUAAUUAGCUACAGUGGUAACUUUAUGUACCACCUGCCUUUAACGUAUCAAGGCUUUCCAUUCCGCCCAAACGUUGUAUUUAUUAUGUGUUCCGUAUGAGUCUCACAACAAACAGCGACUGUUUCCCUAAACAGCAUUAACUAGUUGGG